ACCCAUCAGGGUGAUGAUGUUUGUUUUGAUAACGAUAAAAGAGUGAGGAUCGACCUAAAGUGGCCCUGAAUUUCAGUUCUACGUUAUUGAUGUUCCGAAAAUUUGCUCUAAUCUUAGUGGCUGUAAAAUAGUGUUUAUAUCUUUCUUUAUCACGAAGUGUUUUGAAGCUGUACAGUAAGAGUUCAUGUGAAGGAGUACCUGGAAGCGAAUUGCAAGUCAUCACAUUAUUAUUUAAUUUUGUUAUCAGACUUGCAAAUAAGAGUGACCCUUAUCGCAGUGAGCAAAUUGUUAGGGCAUUCGAUACGGGUGGCAACUACAUGCACUUCCACAGCAUCUCUGCGCUUAAAUAGUUGCAUGAUAGAAUAGUGUUCUUCGACGUGAUUUGUUCAUGCGAACAUAGUUUCCACGUACAUUCCAGUUUAAGGAUGUCAGCUGUAAUAAAUCGUGUAUUGUCCAUCCAGAGCCAUGUGGUACACGGUUACGUAGGAAAUAAAAGUGCUGUUUUUCCGCUACAGGUUCUCGGUUUCGAAGUCGACAAUAUCAACUCAGUGCAGUUUUCUAAUCACACCGGUUACGCACAAGGCUUCAAAGGUCAAAUACUAAACGAACAUGAACUCGCGGAUGUAUUUUCUGGGCUGGUAGCUAAUAAUCUGCAUUCGCUUUACACUCAUCUGCUCACGGGCUACGUGGGGAACCCAGCAUUUUUACGUGAAAUAGCAAACAUUGUUAAGAAACUGCGAUCUACGAAUUCGUCAUUGAUAUAUGUUUGUGAUCCAGUUAUGGGAGAUGAUGGUGUCAUGUACGUUCCGAAUGAACUACUUCCAAUUUAUAGAGAUGAAAUCGUACCGUUGGCUGAUAUUGUGACACCAAAUCAAUUCGAAGUAGAAUUACUAACAAACAUAUCAAUAAAAUCUGAACAAGAUGCUUGGAAAGCUGUAGAAUGGUUUCACGAAAAGGGUGUAAAAACCGUAGCCGUUUCUUCAUCAGAACUAAGCGGCUCGGAUUCUUUACUAACGUUUGUUAGUCAUAAAGCAUCAUCUAGCACCCAUCGUUAUCGAAUGGUCAUUCCAAAAAAAGGCAACGGUAUUCGAUUCACCGGGACGGGUGAUUUGUUUGCAUCACUGUUUCUAGCUCAUUCGACACUGACGAAUUUUGACAUGCGUGCUACAUUAGAGCGCACUAUUGCAAGUCUGCAAGCAGUUAUUACUAAAACGCUUUCCUUUCUACCGGACAAUGGUACAGCAGAUCAGCAUGCCGUCAACACAGCACAACGUGAGCUGAAAAUUAUCCAAAGCAAACGAGAAAUUGAAGAACCAAGCAUUGUAUUACGUUGCACAAAUGUUUAGACGGAAGUGCGUCCUAAAGAAAUUAAAGACAAUAACAGAAUAGCAUAUCUAGAUCAAUUGAUAAAUAUAUACUGUAAAUACGAA